CUCGACCUUGACAGACACUGCAGAAUACCAUUUUCAACUUCACCAUGUCAAGCGACAUCGAGCUUGAGCGGCUACGAGGCUCUCUCGUGAGCCCGCCCAUCACAUCGGCGUGGAGCCAACAGAUCUACCGGCGCAUCCGGCGGGCACACAACUAUCACACGGAACAGAACCUCCACAUCAACCGUCUGAUCCAGGUAGCCGAGGACCCAACGGCUGCGCGGCUGCUAGACGAUGAGCCGGAUACAUCAUCUCUACACGUCAAGGCUGCCAUCAACACCUCCAUCUACGGCACCAUCCUCGUCGCCGCGCUGCAGAUCUACGCCGCGGCGACGACCCGGUCCCUGUCCCUCUUCGUGACCAUGGCCGAGAGCUGCUGCGAGGCCGUCAGCAACAUCGGCCUGGACUACCUGCACCGGAAGGCGCGGAAGCUCAACCACUCGACCCAGUGGCCCGCCGGCGCGGGCCGGCUCUGCAACGCCGGCAAUGUCUGCUUUGCCUUUGCGCUGAUGGCCGUCUCGCUCGUCCUGGUCGUCGAGUCGAUCCGGUCCCUGGCGGGUAGCGACCACGAGCUGGGCAAGUUUGACGUGGCUGCGGUCAUCGCGGCGGCGUGCGGGUUCGGUAUCAAGCUGUUCCUCGCCGUCUACUGCUUUAUCUUCCGCAAGCACAGCAGCCAGCUGCAGAUGCUGUGGGAGGACAAUCGCAACGACUGCUUUGAGUACGGGUUCGCCAUCUUCACAUCGGCUGCGGGCGCGAAGCUGAAGUGGUGGGUCGAUCCGGCCGGGGCCCUGCUCAUCGGCCUGGUCAUCAUCGUCACCUGGAUCGGCACCAUCCGGAGCGAGUUUCUGGAGCUGUGCGGCCUCGGCGCGUCACCGAAUCUAGUACAGGAGGUAGUCUUCCUGACGCUGCGUCACUCAGAUUUGAUCCUGCAGGUUGACUCUGUCCAUGCGUAUCACUGGGGCGAGGAGCUGUUCGUCGAGGUGGACGUCGUCAUGGCGCCGGAGCUCAGCCUGCGCGAAGUACACGAUGUCGCCCAAGAACUGCAGGAUAAGCUGGAGUCAGUCGAGGGCUUCGCUCGAGCCUUUGUUCAUGUCGACUACGAAACGUCGCAUAUGCCCGAGCAUCGCAAAACCCGCUGAUGGAACGCACAUAUGAUCGCGGGAGAAAAAUUUAGUCCUGAACUCUACGGGACUCCUCAGUGUAAAAUAUCAGACCGAACAGAGAAAAUUGACUUUGUAUACAUGGAU